AGGCUCAAUUUUAGCUAAACCACACCUACUGAGUUUGCAAAACGUGCUGAGCGACUCAAGGACAGGAGCAUUUUUUUCUUCUUUGUUAGUAGAAAUGAGAGUUUUGAUCGGCGGGGGGUCAGGGUUUAUCGGUCGUGAACUCACUAAACUCCUAAAGGACAAAGGUCAUGAGGUCACCAUUAUAUCGCGACAGCCUGGCCCGGGCCGGAUCACUGAGUGUAUGUUUCGUUUUUCAGACUGAUCUGGAGUCAGCUAGCCUUCCUGUGUGUGACGCUGUCGUGAAUCUCGCUGGAGAAAACAUCUUAAACCCACUGAGACGGUGGAGUGAGAGUUAUAAGUCAGAGGUGUUUAACAGUCGACUGAACACCACCAGGAGUUUAACUUGCGCCAUCACCUCCUCCAAAGCUCCACCUCAGUCCUGGAUCCUGAUCACCGGAAUCGCGUGUUACAGACCGAAUGUACAGACUCCGUACACAGAGGACAGUGAGUGGACAACCUUUGACCUUUGGUCUCAGCUGGUGAAGGAGUGGGAGGAAGCGGGACGACUUCCUGCAAACACCACUAAAAACAUCAAACAAGUCGUGAUCAGAUCAGGAGUGGUUCUGGGGCAAGGUGGCGGUGCGAUAAAGCAGAUGCUCACUCCGUUCUGGCUUGGUUUAGGAGGAAGGUUAGGUUCGGGAAAUCAGCCCUUUCCUUGGAUUCAUGUCUCGGAUUUAGCUGGGAUAAUCGCUCACUCUCUUGAUACAUCCCGUAUUCCUGCUUCCUCUCAGCCGGAGGUGUUUAACGGAGUCGCACCAGCUCUAAACACCAACCGUGAAUUCACACAGGAGCUGGGUCGAGUCCUGAAACGGCCCACGCUUCUUCCUCUUCCCGAAUUCUUCCUGAGAGCCGCUCUGGGCUGGGAGAGAGCUGCGAUCCUUACACAGGGCCAGAGAGUCGUUCCGAAGAGAACUCUGGAGUCAGGAUUUCAGUUCCAGUAUCCAGAUUUAACCUCAGCACUGCAACAGAUUCUGGCACGCUAAUUAUCAAAAGACAGUUGCAAAAAAAAAUUACAACUGGACCGUGAACAUUCUUUGCUGUCUGAAUUGAUAACUUGCUACCUGAUUGAUUGAUUGAUUGAUAACUAGCUUGUUUGCUAAUGAGCUAAUAUGCAAAUUUGCUAGCAGUGCAAAGUCAGCUAUCAUGUAGAUGUGUACUUAGUUGGAAUGAGAUUGGGUUGCUAAGUAGCUAGCAUUAUAACUAACUAGCAGCAUAACUACCUAGUAUUAUUUAUGCAGGUAGCAUGCCGAUUUGCUGGUUUGCUAAAUACCUACUCUGCUAACUAGUUGCUUGCUAACUCAUUAGUAAAGCAAAUGAAAAUUUCCAUCAGCUGUCAAGUACAAAUAAAAGUCAUAAUAAAUUC